AUGUUUACUCCUACAAGAGUUCAACAGCAAUAUGAAGAUAGUGCAGUUGCGGAACAACCGUCAACAGGUCGAUCGUGUGAUCGAUUGAGGAAGGAAGUUAAACGUUGUAUUAAGGAAUCUGAUUGCGUACAAAAAGCGCGUCGACCUGCAAAAGAAUGUGUUCAAGCUCGUGAUGGUUCAGUGCCGACUCGUUGUUAUAAACUUCUUUCUCUUCUAUCUGAUUGUAAGAGAUCCAUGAUUGAUAUGCGCGCGAGAUUUCGUGGUCGCAAAGGUGAUUUAUAG